AUGAGGGUCAUCGAGGCGCAAAAUGCGGUCUUGACCAAUGUGGAGGUCUACGAAUUCCUCAACGACCAGGCAAGGCAGCAUCACAAGGAGAAACGACGGGCCCCGGGCAACCUGGAAACCGUACGGAAAGAGCUGCUCCAGUACCUCGAGUCAUCACCAAACCCCAUGAGUCAGAGGCCUCUGCCUUAUAAUGUUGCAGCGAUUCCCAUAUUGAUCAAGAAGCUUCGCCCUUACUCGAUCUCCAAGGGCGAAUGCGUCAUGAUCAUGAACCUGCGCCCCACUAGCAUUGCCAACCUCAACGCCGUGCUCGAGGAUAUGGAGGGCCGUUUCAACGAAGACGCACAGCAGUCCAUUGUCGAUAUUGUCAUCGAGGUUCUUGGACAAUUCCCGCCGCCACCGGAAGAAGAGGAAGGAGAUGCCAUGCAGACUACCGAGUGA